CUGCUACAGAUGAACGAGAAGGUCGGCUACCCUGCGGCGCGGCGGGCUCGCGCGGGUUCGAUGACGUCUUCCGCCGGCGACGUCAUUGGAGCGCUGCACAAGCCGCCUUCGAUGGCGCCGGCUGAGAAGGUCGCGGCGGACAUGCGACUCAUGCGCGUCCUCCUGCUAGACGCAAUCGCCCCCAAGCCCAGCGCAAAUGCGCCCGGCGAGUACGACGUGCUCAGCUCGAGUGAGCCGGAGGGCCACCUUCCGGCCGGCUCGCCGCUGGGCAGGCCGGAGCAACAGCCGGCGCUGGAGCGUGCGAUGAGCAGCGUAAUGCUCGACGGGCUGCCGCGGCUGCCGGCCAGCGUCACCGAGAUGCUCACCGAGGUGGGCUCCCUCCCGCAGGACGCGGCCGAGAGCCUGAGGCUGAUGAGCGAGCGCGCCGGCAACAUGGACGCGAGCACGUUGCUCUCGUCCGCCCAGUUGCUCGGCGAGCUGAUGAGCCAGGCGAACCUCGCGCUCGCCCAGCAGACCGUGCGCGCGUGGCGGGCAAACCUGCGCGCCGACGCGGGCUGCACGGAGGACACCUCCACCGGCGCGGUGGUUGGGAACCAGACCUUUCGGAUGGCCUUUGACGCGCUCCUCGCAAGUGGCCGCGCCGCCGCCGAGAUCCGCGACGCAAUCUCCGAGCAGGAGAUCGAGAUUGUGCUGACGGCGCACCCGACCGAGGCGCAGCGGCGGACGAUCCUCAAGAAGCACCAGCAGAUUGUGGCGCUGCUCGGCCAGCACGAUAAGGGCACAGUCCUCACCCCCGGCGAGGUGACCGAGCUCGAGGAGGCGAUCUCGCGCGAGCAGGCGCGGCGUGCGCACCUCCAAUGUGCGUCGCUCCAAGCCGACGGCGGAAGGC